UAGAGAGCGCUUUACACGUGUGGAACGUGUCUUCGCGCAACUCUGUGCGUUACAGAGCACGCACGCACCUCGUCAGCGUCAACAUAACUGCGCAAUCGUGUACGACCUUCUGCCGAACUUGGAACCACGCGCGUGUCUGACAGACGUGUAUUUGGCGGGAAGCGUGGUACUCUUUUCAUUUGGAUUUUAUGUGGUAUCGAAGUCGAUUCAGUGGCUCCCCACCGUGUCAGCGAACAGCAUAUUGGUGCUUUCGGGCCGUGUGCAAUAACGUUUUCAGCAAAAUUGUCUUGUGUCGAACGAGAAAUCUUGAGUGAUAUAUUUAUGUAUUCCGGAUUUCACGCAUGGACGGGAUAAUUAUAAACUCAAAAAACUGAUAUAUAAUCAGUUUUUAAUUUCAACAAUAACGUGGUAACCUUCGCGGGAACACGUCGAAACACGCUCGCCGUUUCUUGAAGCCUCACGCGCAAGUGCGUGCGACGUUGCCGGCUUUUUCUUCCCGCGGGCUAUAUUGACGAAUUUGUGAGAAAAAGACAAAAAACUUAAAAUCGUGAUCAAUUAUCGGCAUCAAUUUUAGUUAUUAUGACCGUGGAAAUAUAUACCGAUAUUUGAGAAAAUAUGAGAUAGUUGUUGCUGUUUUCCUAUCUUACCUCUCACUCUCAUCGUGGUACGCAAUAGUGUGUUUACCGUGUUGCCAAACUUUCUAGUUUAUCGUACACGCUUCAAUUGUGGAUGAUAUAUUCCGAAUUAAGAUAUAUCUUCCGAUUCACGGAUGUAUACCGCAAAAAAUCAGUAUUGCGAAGUGUUUGGUGGAUCCAUGAUCGAGUCAACAGUGAGCGUAAUCGUGAGACGACGCUGAGCACGGCCAUUAUUCGAAAUUCGGUGGGUCGCGCCACGACAACGUUGCCACGUCUUCGCAAGCCGCGAGUAUUUCAACGUUCUGUGAACGAUUCCUGGAAGAAUCAUCUCCGUAAACGGGACGUAUAUAAUAUACGUGUUGAAAUUCAUAAGAAAAAAAGAUUGUUUUCUAACAUCGCGCUGUGCGCGUAUCGAAAUCGUUCGAGUGUGUAAGUUAGUAGUGGCGUAUCGCGAUUUGGAACACAGACGCUGGGAGAAAGACAGAAAGAGACAAAGUGAGAGAAGGAGUAUAAAAGAGAGAAAAAGUAGACACUAAGUGAAGAGAAACGGAAGCUGUUUGUUCGUGAAAACACUUGGUUAUUGGUAACUGCGACGGAGAACAGCGACGUUGCCGGCGUGAAAGACUAACAAAAUAUGAGCGCUCGAGUGUUGAAUCCGGUGAUGAUGACGGAAAUGAGCAGGAAUUUGGGUGGAGGACGAACGGUGCCGAGCAGAGCAGCCCUUGCUCGUGUUCGAAGGGACCUAUUCGGACCCGUCGAUCACGCCGCGGCUCGUGCAUUGGCGGAACGAGAGCUUCGCGCUCAAUCCAUACUCGAUGCCGAGAGAUGGGGAUUUGACUUUCACUUGGAAAUACCAAGAGCUAAUUCAAGGUACGAGUGGGAGUUGGUUACACCACAGGAUGUGGUACCCGAACCCUAUGCCCUACGAGGUAUGCCCUACUUAAGGAAACACGCGCCUAGUACACCACGAAAAGUACGGGAUUCAUCGCCCACCACAAGAUUUCUCCGUAAAGAUCUUUCGUCGCCAGUAACUCCAAUUCUCUCGAAAUCUGAAAGAACGCCGCCGCAAGAGCCGAGAGUACCGCAAAUCGGUGAAAUCACAACCAACGAUCUGUUCGAUUUUGACUCGGAUAAGAAAACGUAUAUCGUCGAACCUACUACCCCCGUUUUACCAACCUCCGCAACGAGGAAACAGUCCUCUAUAACCGACUAUAUGAAGAGUCGUAAACGUAGCCUAAACGGUAGCGCGAAGAGCAUGAUAGAGCCGCCGGAGAAGAUCGCUCGCAACGCGGGUCAGAUACGCAGCUAAAAGCCUUCCAGCUUCCUCCUUCAGCCUCGCUGUCUUCUUCCAUCUCUUUGGAGCGCGAGUGGGACCGGAAACACGAAGCAUCACUGCCAGGAGGAACGAGAAAGGCAGAAGCUUUGGCAAGGAGGCGCGAGGUCCGUUGGCUGUGCCAUUCACGUAGAUUUAUCCGCCAUGAAUAUAUAGGCGAAAACGGUGGGGAAAAAAGAAACGAAAUGAAUAGUGCCGUUUUUUUUUCAUCGCGUAUACUUUCGUGGCCAAGCCACGGAAAAUACAAAGUGCAUAGUAACAACAGCGAUAUAUAAUUAUAAAAAUAACGAACAGAGGAUGCACGAUAUUCCACGGUUGUUGCUGUCAUCUUUAUAUUUCUUUUUUCUUCUUUUUUCUUUUUAUAUGUCAUUUGCGUCGUAUGUUCUUUUUUGCAUUAAGCUAAACACAGAGUAACGAUAAGAAUAUAUAUAAAUAUAUAUAUAAAUAUAUAUAUAUAUAUUUAUAUAUAUAUAUAUAUAUACAGCGCGACAGGGAAAGAAAGAAAGAGAGUGUGUGCGUGCGUGAAUGGGUGUGUGCGUUUUUUUUCACGAAAUUAAUUAAUGUAAUAUAUUGUCCGUUUAAUUCUAAAAUUGAAGCGAGAAUGGAUGAGCGAUGAUAAUGGAAUUGUUGCAUACAUAUACUUUAAAUACGAGCGUAAGGAGACAAAAAAAUAUAUAUAUAAAUAUUUUUUAGGACACAACGUAGAUUUUAAGAUAUUAGGUAUUAAGUGAAAGUGCAUUGCGUUUCUAUCAAAAAAAAGAAAAAGAAAAAAAAAUUCGCGCAGUAAAGGCCACUUGAGCCUGGUCUACGAAUACACUUGGGAAAUCAGAGGCUGUUUCGACUUAAACUCCGUGAGUUUUCAUCGACCUUUCAAUUCGAUGGAGGCUCCCAGAGUUUUAAUACGUUCAAUAAAAAAUGACGCUAGAUAGAUCGAGCGAAUUUCGCGAUAAUUUCGACUAGUAAUUCUUGAAACGAUCGCGAAAUUAUCAGUGUUUUUGUUUUUUUUUGUUUUUUUUUUUUCUCCUUUUUUUUCCUUUAUAUAUUUUUUUCAAGAGACAAAAUUCAAAGCAUAAUUUUUAUACAUUUGAGAAUAUAUAAAAAAGGAACGCAAUCGUAUAUAUUUUUUUUUUUUUAGCCGAAAAGAGACCAGUCUCAAGGACAAUAAACGGGGAGAAAGAUAUGAUUUAGAUAUAGUUUGUUACCCAUGUUUAAGCAUUGAUCUCCUGUACGACUUUAAGAAAGUACAGCCGAUGCCAAAUCAGCCCCGCGAUUUGUUUCUUACCUUAUACUACUUUCGAAGAAGGAACCAUUAUCCGUAUUUGGCUUUCUCUUCAUCCCUUUCACUUCAUCACCUUGAAUCCGGUUAAGUGUUAGUAUGAUUAGAGAUCUAAAGCUUCGUGAAGAUUGCAAUAUCUGAAAAAAAAGAAAAAAAAAAAAUAUUCUUUUUUCCACAAAGAAAAUCAUUGGAUGAAUUGCAUCGCGAGUUUCAUGGAAUAAAUGGCGAUCAAAGGCUACGAUUGAUUUUAUCUUAUAUUAAUUGUAGGAUGCAAUCUUCGUUUAGCUUUUUUUUUUUUUUUUUUUUUUUUUAUACAAAGUUUUUUGUAUUUUCCUAUCAUAAUUCAUCUGUUUGUACAAAUCAUCACGAAUAAUUCUCACAUUUUAAAUAUUUUACAAUCAGACUUUAGAUAUUGGUGGUGUGGCGUGAUCAAAGCCGUUAAAAGACGUACUCCGAGUUUAUAAUAUAGAAAUAUAUUAAAAGUUAUUAUAUUCAUUUUCUGAAAUUUCAUCAUAUAUAUAAAUAUAUAUAUAUACAUAUAUCGAAUAAAAUAUAUAUUCGAAAUUAUUAUAUUUUGACGAGUACAAAUCGUAAUUUCUGGAUGGAGGUCUUUAAACGGUUGUUGAAAAAUUAUGCAACUUGUAUUCGAAUCGUCUUAUACCGUGUUAACGAAAGUACGAGGUUUUGACGUACAAUAUGAUUUACGAACCAAAACUUUUCUACGUUACUUUCUUCAUCGCGGAUGAAUUUACGCAAAACGUAAUAUUAAUGUAAAUGUAAUUUGUAUAUCUUAAAUGGUAUAUUGAUUUUAUAAUGGUAGCUGUUUAUUACAAGUUUCUUUUUGUUUAUGAUAAUUUGGUUUAAACGCCAUCCUAUGAAGUAAUCUCCCUCAAUCGUAUCUCUCCCAUUCCCGGUACACUUUGUUUUCCGUUCACUCUUUUUCUCCCACUUUGAGAUUAUAAUUCAAAAAUACGACUGGUGGUUACAAGCUAUUUUUUUCGUAGUUCACUCGCGAAGUGCGCUAUGAGUGGUGAAGAAUUGAUUCUUUGUGGAAUUCUAAUGGUCGUUUUUCAUACCGGUUACUCUGUAUUCGAUGUUUCAAUGGCGCUUUCAUGGCAUACGAUACUCGUACACUAUGAGAGCUUCGCGGUAAGAAAUCAAAUUGACGUAAAACAUUUUCAUGCGAAAACGCGUUUAAAUAUUGUUUCUUGUCGAUAAAAAGCUUUUAAUAUGCUGACUACUCAUACGGAUAAGCACGUGAAGAUCGUGACGAAUUAUCGAAACAAAACGAUGAUUAACGGCAGACUAUGUGCACGAAAAAUUAUGUUCUUUUUCUAUCGAUGUGAAAAAAAAAGAAGCGACGAACGACUAUGGAAUCUCGUCAGAUCUGAGAGAGAGAGAGAGAGAGAGAGAGAGAGAGAGGAGGAGGGUCACGAUGCAAGGAGAAGAAAGUAGUCUGCCGUAGAGAAAGAAACGAAAAAAAAUAGUAAAAGAGAAUAAAUCUUAUGUCUAUGUAACCCUGUGAUGUAUUAGUAUGAUCUCAGUAAACAUAACUUAGCGUGUACUUCUUAUUUGUAAUAAGUAUAGAUGUAUUAUGCGUUUCACACAUGACGUAACGUCCCAGUAAAAAAAAAGUGUGAAAGGUUGCAUAUGUUUGAGCACGUGUGUACAAUGUUUGUUUGCGUGGGUGAAUGUUAGAAUAAAAAGGGUGAGCAGAAAUACCCAGUGCCUCACUUUCAGUUGGUAUUCAUGUAAGAAUUCUAUGUGUAACGACAAUAUUAUAUAAACUAUAAUCAUAAGAGAGUCUAAAAAAAAAAAAAAAA